AUGCCUUCCACCGCCAUCACACUGGGUGCUCCGGACGCGUCUCUCCCAACCUCCAUUCACGCGUCAAAAUGCACUCUUGGGCCCUAUACGCUUCUUGCCAUGCCAAGAAAACUACCAUAUACUCCUUCCCUCGUGUGGUUUUGCCUUCACAAACUUGCUCAGUUUCCAGAUCAAGUAGCAGCUAUAGGCAACAUUCGACUCACCUACAGACCUCCAAAAUCUUCUCAAGACGAAGAUAUUCUUCGGUCUCUCAUACCACUGGAUCCAUCUGAAUUCGACUGGGCACUUGUUGACCCCCGACUAUGGUGCACCAUCGUGCAAAUAUACGACAAUCUACCCGCGUCAUUUACUUGUUAUUCCAUCCCAUUAGCGGAUGAGCAUCUUCCAGCGCUUCAGCUUCCUUCCACGCCUAAUUUCUCGCUCGUCACAAUUCUCGAGCUUCCGGGUUGUCGAGAAUUGACAGAUGCCACCAUCGUUGAACUCAAGCGACUUCAUUCACUUUGUGCAUUAGAUGUGAGUGGAGCUCCAAAUAUUUCCUCGCACGCCAUCAGAGUCCUCGCUGGAACUGUACUCUGGAGUGAGGCAGAACAAAGGGGUCCAUGGUGUCUUCGCGUUUUGCGUUGUCGAAACUGCAAGGCAAUCGACAACAAAAUUUUGCCUCAUCUGUCCUCGUUUCCUCUACUAUCUUUAUUGGAUUUGAGGGGUACACGGUGUAGCUCCAAGGCUUUCCUCCCUACCUUCAAGCCUUCACCAGGAAAUCGACGUGCACUGUUCCAUCCAACACCUCUGCACACAGUGAUAGAUUCCCUGCGUGAAACCCCGUCUGUCUUCUCGUCACCAAAUAUAUUUAUCCUCAAGGUUAACACUCUGUAUUACGCUCCCCUGCCAACAAUUCCCCUCCCCUCCCGUAAAUCGACCAUUGACGACGUUUGCGUUACACUGCAUCCAGAUACGGGUCAGUACUCUGUACACUCGACCGCCCAGCUGUCGAAUGAUCCGGAUGGUGGACGUGAAACCGAUCACAACCCGUACAGCUGCGAUUGUGCUAGGUGCCGUCGCCGACUGUCACUUUUCGAUCACCGACACAAGCCGACGGACCGGCUGUUGCAACAGCAGAUAGCAACGGAAGAGUUGUCAACCGAGGCUACAGUGCGCCGAAUCGCCUCUUUCUAUGGCGUUGGUCGUCGUUCUUCAACAACGCUCACAAAGAGUUACACCUCACAUGUGCAUGAAUAUACCCUGAACUCGAAUUGGAAGGAAGACAUCUCUCUGAUGCUCUAUCGCGAUCCUCCCCCUUGGAGCGAUCUGGCUAGUAUGCGUCCGCCAACCAGGCCGCGCCAACCAGUGGAAAUAGUAAAAGUUGCUGCAUCAAAGCGAAAGAUGGCCGAAAUGGCCGACUUUGCCAAUGAACUUGUGGCCCGGAAACGACAGAAAAAAGAAAGCGAUGCAACAACCCAAGCAAAGACGUCGAUGUUUGCAUCCGGCUUACCGGCAAAUCCCUUCCGUAGGAAACCCAAGGAAGAACUCGCACAACAAUCCCCUAUUGGAAAGCCCUUGAAACCCAUUACAAGCAUUACCGCACCCACAUUGCCGCCGGGGUCAGAGCCGAAACCCAGACCCGUCGCUCAAUCGAAGAAGAAAGCAGCUUUAUUCGACUGGACAAAGUGGGGUAAAAAGUAA